AUGGCCUUCUCCAAGCCCCCCGCUCUCCUGCUGCUGGUUGCUCUGUCCGCCACCGCCAUGCUCGCCGCCGGCCAAGGCUGCGGCGGCCACAGGGUGACGGUGCAGAACCUAUGCGGGCAGGACCUGAAGCUGAGCCUGGAGGAGGGCCGCGCACAGCGCGACCUCCUCUUCCCCGACGGGUGGGUGCUCCCGGACGGGAAGCACGAGUCAUUCGACGUGUGCGCGUGGACAGGGGGCGUGCUUGUGUCCGGCGCUGCGGUGGCCAAGGUCCACCUGGGCCACGACGGCGGCGCGUACUACGAGGUGAGCACCCAGCAGUCGGGCCCCAUCCUUGUCUCCGUCACCCCGCACUGCCCCACGGCCGGGUGCAACGGCGGCGGCCACUGCUUCGAGCACUCCGUUCCCGACGGCGACUGCCACGGCGUCACCGAGGUGAAGAUCGUCUACUACAAACCGUAG